CCGUCACCAAAAUUCCUCAACCUCACCCUCAAUACUCAACUCAAACCCCUUGAGGUUUCCCUAACUGAGGAUUUCCUCAAUUCACCGUCACCAAACAGACUGAGUAUCACCUCAAUAGAGGUGAUUUUUUUUCCCUCAACUCAGUUGAGGUGUUACAUCAAUAACAUCGCGCACUUUCGCGGAAUUUUUACGUAAUGAUUUUACGCAAUAAAUAUCUGUCGUCUGUGUGUUAUUUUGUAUGAAAAUGGCUGAGAAAGACAUAAUUGGGUUGAUAUCAGGGGGUAAAAGGAAACGGGGGGCUAAUUGGACCAGCGAGGAGGAGAUAACUUUAAUUGAAGAGGUUUUAAAAUUCGAACAACAACUAUUUGGAAAGAUGAAAGGGGCGGGGGUUAAAGGGAAACAUGGAAAGGUAAAAGAAGAAACUUGGAAGUCCAUCACUGACACACUGAAUUUACAAUUUAAAAACGACAGAACAUCUGACUCCAUCUACAAAAAGUAUGAUAACAUCAAACAGAGAGCAAAAGAGAAAAUCGAUGACAUACGCAGGCCCAAGACUGGGGGUGGUCCACCAUCAGCGCCCCUCACUCAGGCAGAGGAGGCGUUGUAUCAGGCAAUGGAUACGCGACCCAACAUUGUUGGCCUGGUGGGAAGCAUAGAUACCGAUGAACCAAUAACAUCCAUCCAAACACAAGAGUUAGCAGCAGUUGUUGAAGGAACCGGUGAUGCUUCAACAUCCUCGAAGAGCUCCGGUUUAAGUUUAUCAUUUAAUACAAAUUCAGAUGUACGGCCUAAGGAAAAGAAGAGGAAGAUGGUACCACGAGAGAUCUUGGAUGAUCUAGAGAUAAAAAAUAGUAAACUUGAAAAUGAGAAGCUGACACAACAAAUAAACAAGCUUGUCCAAGAACAAAAGAAAUUAGCCUUAGAGGAGAAAAAAUUGCAAACGGAGAUUGAAAUGCUUGAGAUUAAAAAAUCAUAUUUAUUGUGUAAAUUAAGUUCUGAAUUUCCAGAAUUCAUCAUAAACCCUGUUUGUCAAUGACCAACUACAUUUGAGAGGCUCUGAAUAGAUCACAAACUCUUGAAUUGGGAUCAGUAAAUGUGAAAUAUUUAUUUUUUAAACAAUAAAUAAACGCAUGUACUUCAGUAUAUCAAAUGAAAUUCUGAAACAUAUGUCACUAUAAACCGUCAACCACUUGAAAAUGACCUGAAAUAGACAAAAAAAAUUUAUCAGCACAAUGAUUGUUAUAUUAAUA